GGAGUGCUGGGCCCUGGCUGGGGUCAGCAGAUGGGACUGGCGGGCCUGGUGCCCCGCUGUCUCAGUGACCUGCUUCGUGACUCGUGCCUGCGCUUCCCGGAGCCCUGCGAUGAGCCUCCGUCCCCAGCAAGAACAAGCGCCCAAGUGAAACUGAAAGAGGUGGCCUUGGCCUGGGUUCCAGGCCCCGCUGUGUUUUGAAAGUGAUGUGCGCCCGGGUCUGGCAGGCGGAUCCCUGACGUUUCCUGGGAGUUGCUGCUGUGUGGCUCCUGGGGCCGAGGCCCUGGGUGCUGGGGCGUGGGGAGGGGUAGCUGGGGAGCCGUUGGGCCUGGUGGGCAGUAAAGGUUUCUGGAACUGACUCACUUGCUGGGGAGGGGCAGCCGGGGAGGGGCAGCUGGGGAGGGUCACGGAGAAAGUCCCUGCCCUGCCAUGGCCCUGUACCGCCGUCGGCUGCCCAUCCAGCCUGGAUCGAGGAGGCGUCUUCCUCUACGUGUCAGAUCAUGAUACCGCCGCCACCGCCGCCACCACGGAGCGAGAAGCCCAGAUAGACACCCCGGCGGCCCCGGGUCCCGGAGCCCCGCUGCCUGCCGCCCGGCCGAGGACCCCACCCCGCCUGCCGCCCGAUGCUUGCAGUGGGGCCCGCCAUGGACAGGGAUUACCCGCAGCAUGAGCCCCCGCCGGCAGGCAGCCUCCUGUACAGCCCGCCGCCCCUGCAGAGCGCCAUGCUGCACUGCCCCUACUGGAACACCUUCUCACUGCCGCCGUACCCUGCCUUCUCCAGUGACAGCCGCCCGUUCAUGAGCUCCGCCUCCUUGCUUGGCAGCCAGCCCUGCCCGGACACCAGCUAUGCCCCCGUGGCCACCGCCUCCAGCUUGCCACCAAAGACCUGCGACUUUGCUCAGGAUUCCUCGUAUUUUGAGGACUUCUCCAACAUCUCCAUCUUCUCCUCGUCUGUGGACUCCCUGUCGGACAUCGUGGACACGCCCGACUUCCUGCCGGCCGACAGCCUCAACCAGGUGUCCACCAUCUGGGAUGAGAACCCUGCCCCCUCCACCCACGACAAGCUAGCUCACAGGUCCUCGGCAGGGCAGGAGGAAAGAAACCAGCGCCUGACCGGCCUGCUGUGGACGGCAGGAGGACAUCUGAAACCCAACGCCCCGCCAGCCCCACCAGGAAUGCUGUUCCAGCUCAGCAGACCAUUUGCAGGCUUCGAGGACUUUCUGCCCUCCCACAGCACCCCGCUUCUCGUCAGCUACCAGGAGCAGAGUGUGCAGAGCCAGCCAGAGGAGGAGGACGAGGCUGAGGAGGAGGAGGCGGAGGAGCUGGGGCACACGGAGACCUACGCUGACUACGUGCCGUCCAAGUCCAAGAUUGGGAAGCAGCACCCAGACCGCGUGGUGGAGACCAGCACGCUGUCCAGCGUUCCGCCCCCAGACAUCACCUACACCUUGGCCCUGCCCUCGGACAGCGGGGCCCUGUCUGCCCUGCAGUUAGAGGCUAUCACCUACGCCUGCCAGCAACACGAGGUCCUGCUCCCCAGUGGGCAGCGCGCCGGCUUUCUCAUCGGUGACGGGGCCGGCGUGGGCAAAGGCCGGACGGUAGCCGGAGUCAUCCUGGAGAACCACCUGCGUGGCCGGAAGAAGGCAUUGUGGUUCAGCGUCUCCAACGACCUCAAAUACGACGCAGAGCGCGACCUGCGGGACAUCGAAGCCACGGGUAUCGCGGUGCACGCACUCAGCAAGAUCAAGUACGGAGACACCACUACCUCAGAGGGCGUCCUCUUCGCCACCUACUCCGCCCUGAUUGGGGAGAGCCAGGCCGGUGGCCAGCACCGCACACGCCUCCGGCAGAUCCUGGACUGGUGUGGGGAGGCCUUCGAGGGCGUCAUCGUGUUCGACGAGUGUCACAAGGCCAAGAACGCCGGCUCCACCAAGAUGGGCAAGGCCGUGCUGGACCUGCAGAACAAGCUGCCCCUGGCCCGCGUGGUCUAUGCCAGCGCCACAGGUGCUUCUGAGCCUCGGAAUAUGAUCUACAUGAGCCGCUUAGGUAUCUGGGGCGAGGGCACCCCCUUCCGGAACUUUGAGGAGUUCCUGCACGCCAUCGAGAAGAGGGGCGUGGGCGCCAUGGAGAUCGUGGCCAUGGACAUGAAGGUCAGCGGCAUGUACAUCGCACGCCAGCUCAGCUUCUCCGGCGUCACCUUCCGCAUUGAGGAGAUCCCGCUGGCCCCAGCCUUCGAGCGCGUGUACAACCGCGCAGCCCUGCUGUGGGCUGAGGCCCUGAACGUGUUCCAGCAGGCGGCCGACUGGAUCGGCCUGGAGUCACGCAAGUCCCUGUGGGGCCAAUUCUGGUCAGCGCACCAGCGCUUCUUCAAGUAUCUGUGCAUCGCCGCCAAGGUGCGCCGGCUGGUGGAGCUGGCCCGAGAGGAGCUGGCGCGAGACAAGUGUGUGGUCAUCGGGCUGCAGUCCACAGGCGAGGCACGCACACGGGAGGUGCUGGGGGAGAACGACGGGCACCUCGACUGCUUUGUCUCGGCCGCUGAAGGCGUGUUCCUGUCGCUAAUUCAGAAGCACUUUCCAUCCACCAAGAGAAAGCGGGACAGAGGAGUGGGCAGCAAGCGGAAACGGCGACCUCGGGGACGCGGGGCCAAAGCCCCCCGGCUGGCAUGCGAGGCGGCAGGCAUCAUCCGCAUCAGUGAUGACAGCAGCACCGAGUCAGACCCCGGCCUGGACAGCGACUUCAACUCCUCUCCCGAGUCCCUGAUGGAUGACGAUGUGGUCAUCGUUGAUGCCAUUGGGCUCCCCAGUGAUGACCGGGGACCCCUGUGCCUCCCUCAGAGAGACCCGCAUGGCCCCGGGGUCCUGGAGCGGGUGGAGCGACUGAAGCAGGAUCUGCUGGAGAAAGUGCGGCGGCUGGGGCGGGAGCUGCCGGUCAACACCCUGGACGAGCUCAUCGACCAGCUUGGCGGCCCCCAGCGGGUGGCGGAGAUGACCGGCAGGAAAGGCCGCGUGGUGUCCAGGCCCGACGGGACGGUGGCCUUCGAGUCGCGGGCAGAGCAGGGUCUGUCCAUCGACCACGUGAACCUCAGGGAGAAGCAGCGCUUCAUGAGCGGCGAGAAGCUCGUGGCCAUCAUCUCGGAGGCCUCCAGCUCGGGUGUCUCCCUCCAAGCUGACCGCCGCGUCCAGAACCAGCGGCGCCGUGUGCACAUGACCUUGGAGCUGCCCUGGAGCGCCGACCGUGCCAUCCAGCAGUUCGGCCGCACCCACCGGUCCAACCAGGUCUCUGCGCCAGAGUACGUCUUCCUCAUCUCGGAGCUGGCGGGGGAGCGCCGGUUCGCCUCCAUUGUGGCCAAGCGCCUGGAGAGUCUGGGGGCCCUGACCCAUGGAGACCGCCGCGCCACGGAGUCCCGUGACCUCAGCAAGUACAACUUUGAGAACAAGUAUGGCACCCGGGCCCUGCACUGUGUCCUUACCACCAUCCUGAGCCAGACAGAGAACAAAGUGCCUGUGCCCCAGGGAUAUCCUGGAGGGGUCUCCACCUUCUUCCGAGACAUGAAGCAGGGCCUGCUGUCCGUGGGCAUUGGCGGCCGGGAGUCCCGAAAUGGCUGCCUGGACGUGGAGAAGGACUGUUCCAUCACCAAGUUCCUGAAUCGCAUCUUGGGGCUGGAGGUGUACAAGCAGAACGCCCUGUUCCAGUAUUUCUCAGACACCUUCGACCACCUCAUCGAGAUGGACAAGCGGGAGGGCAAAUAUGACAUGGGCAUCCUGGACCUUGCUCCCGGUAUCGAGGAGAUCUACGAGGAGAGCCAGCAGGUGUUCCUGGCUCCUGGGCACCCGCAGGACGGGCAGGUGGUUUUCUACAAGAUCAGCGUGGACCGCGGCCUGAAGUGGGAGGACGCCGUUGCCAAGUCAUUGGAGCUGACGGGCCCCUAUGACGGCUUCUACCUCUCCUACAAGGUCCGCGGUAACAAACCCAGCUGCCUGCUGGCGGAGCAGAACCGCGGCCAGCUCUUCACGGUGUACAAGCCCAAUAUCGGCCGGCAGAGUCAGCUGGAGGCCCUGGACAGCCUCCGCCGCAAGUUCCACCGGGUCACCGCGGAGGAGGCCAAGGAGCCCUGGGAGAGUGGCUACACCUUGUCGCUGACGCACUGCAGCCACAGCGCCUGGAACCGGCACUGCCGGCUGGCGCAGGAGGGUAAGGAUUGCCUGCAGGGGCUGCGGCUGCGGCACCACUACAUGCUGUGCGGCGCGCUGCUGCGCGUGUGGGGCCGCAUCGCCGCCGUCAUGGCCGACGUCAGCAGCAGCAGCUACCUGCAGAUCGUGCGGCUGAAGACCAAGGACAGGAAGAAGCAAGUGGGCAUCAAGAUCCCCGAGGGCUGCGUGCGCCGCGUGCUACAGGAGCUGCGGCUGAUGGAUGCCGACGUGAAGCGCAGGCAGGCGCGCGCCCUGGGCUGCCCCGUCCCGCCCGCCCCGCGGCCGCUGGCGCUGCCCUGCGGCCCCGGAGAGGUGCUGGACCUCACCUACAGCCCCCCGGCCGAGGCAUUCCCGCCGCCCCCGCACUUCUCCUUCCCGGCGCCGCUGCCCCUGGACACCGGCCCCGGCCUGGUGCCGCUGGGCGCCCCGGACGCCCAGGCUGACCCUGCGGCCCUCGCGCACCAGGGCUGUGACAUCAACUUCAAGGAGGUGCUGGAGGACAUGCUGCGCUCGCUGCACGCGGGGCCGCCCCCCGAGGGCGCGCUGGGGGAGGGCGCGGGGGCGGGGGGCUUGGCGGGCGGCGGUCCCGAGCGGCAGAGUGUGAUCCAGUUCAGCCCACCCUUCCCCGGCACCCAGGCUCCUCUCUGACACGCCUUUAAGCGAAACAUGCCCCAAGUCACAGGGACCGUUUCUCCCCUAGGAGCAGCAGUGGGGACCAGGGCCAAGGUUCCCUGACCACUGCUCAGAGGAGCCCCAGGCCCCGGCCGCAGUGCCUUCCGCGCCCGACCCGGGCCCUCACCUAUCAGCCCUGGCGGGGCCCACUCAGGACAGCUGGGGGCCGGGGCGACGCAGGGCCCUCUGUGCCUCUCUCCUCCCAAGUAGGAAGGGGCUCCGGGUGGCUGCUCUGGGACUCGGCACCCGCAAGGGCUCAGUGGGCCCAAACCCUUAAAAUCCGUGAAACUGGGUGGUCCCAAGAGCUAGAAACUCAGGAAACCCCAGGUGCUCAGGGCCCCACGUCUCGGGGGCUCUGUGGGGCAGACCCCCGCUAAUAUAUGCAAUUCCCCCUCCCCUAGCCCUUCUCUGACCCCUAAGUUAUUGCCUGCUCACCUCUCCCAGGCCUCAGGCCGUGGAGCUGGCAGGGUGGCGCCUGCGGUUUCUAUGUAUUUAUAGCAAGUUCCGAUGUACAUAUGUAAAGGACUUUUUUAAAUAUAUGUGCCUUUUGCCUACUUCC